AUGGCCAGUGAAUUGGGUGCCGACAGUCCCCGGGUUUGGCUCAUUGCCAACGACUCGUGUAUUAAUGGAGUCAUGGGUUUAGCAAAGAGUCUGCGACUGGAAUCGGGCGGAGAAUACUUCAGAUAUAUUUUCAUUUACGACAAAAACAAUACAAAUACAGACAUAGACUUUAAUACAAAGCCAUUCAGCGAUAUAUUGGCCAACGAUUUGGUGGCAAAUGUGAUCAGAGAUCGAAGACUCGGUUCCUAUCGAUACCAGAGUUUUGGCAAAGAUUUCGAUAAAAUCCAAUCAAAUGAGUAUUACUUGGGUUUAGGAAAGGGUCGCGACUUGUCGUCACUCGAGUGGAGAGAUAUCACAACACUUCCCACGACUGACCACUACUACGACGUGACCAAUAAAAAGAGACAAUCGGUCAAAAUCGAGAUCUACUGCUCGGCCAUCAUCUUUAGGGACGUACUCAUAGUCACCGGCAAAGUACCGGCGCUUUCAGACCUAUUUGAGCAGCAAAUUGGCUACGAGUUUGCCGGCCGUCGGGCCGAUACCGGGGAACGGGUUAUGGGUAUCAAUAUUGGCAACUCUGUGGCCACCAGUACUCGUGUGGACCCAUAUUUGUUCACAACUAUACCCGACAACUGGUCGAUCGAAGAGGCCGUCACUAUUUUGAGCCCGUAUUUCACGGUUUGGUAUGGAUUGAUAGAGAGGGCACAUCUCAGACGAGGUGAGAGUGUAUUAAUCCAUUCGGCGUCUGGAGGUGUGGGUCAGGCGGCCAUUAAUGUGUGCCAACACUUGGGGUGCGAUAUAUACGCGACGGUCGGCACCGAAGAGAAGAAACAGUUUCUCAUCAAUACAUACAAAAUACCGGCGAAGAAGAUAUUCUCGUCGAGAAGCACGCAAUUCAAGAGUCAAGUGAUGCGCGCGACUGCCGGACGGGGAGUGGAUUUGGUGCUCAACUCUUUGGCCGGCGAUAAGUUGAACGCCGGCUACGAGUGUGUGGGCACAGGCGGACGGUUUGUGGAGUUGGGAAAAAUGGAUUUGUUUCGCAAUAAAAAGCUCCCGAUGUAUAACCUAUUGAGAGAUAUGUGUGUUAUAUGUGUUUCGCUGGACGAGAGUGUUAUGGCCCGGGACUACAUAUUUGACGCGUUUUAUACAUGGGUUCACCAGAACUGCACCAAUGGUUGCGUAAAACCGUUGAAUCGGACGGUAUUUCCGGCCGCAGACGCCGAGAAGGCCUUCCGAUACAUGACUACCGGUAAACAUAUCGGGAAAAUAGUUAUCCGUAUUCGUGAAGAGGAGGCGAACCGAAAGCCGUGGAAACGCAUAAAACCGGCCAAUACUUUGACUGUCAGUACAAAGACUUACUUCAACCCCAAUAAGACUUAUAUAAUAACCGGAGGUUUGGGUGGCUUUGGGUUAGAGUUGUGUCAAUGGAUGGUAUAUAACGGGGCGAAGAGAUUGGUGUUGACCUCCCGUUCGGGUUUUAAAAACGAUUACCAGAAAUAUAUUAUCAAUCGAUUGAAGGCUUUUGGAAAAAGACACAACUAUUUCGAGAAUCAGGUCUUAGUUUCUUCGGCCAAUUGCUUCACUAUUGAGGGCACAAAACAACUGUUAGAUGAGUGCCAAGGGUUGGGCGCACCCAUCGGUGGUGUCUUUCAUUUGGCCCUCGAGUUAAACAAUUGUCUCUUCAGUGAAGUGUCUCUGUUAGAUGAGUGCAAAGGGUUGGGCGCACCCAUCGGUGGUGUCUUUCAUUUGGCCCUCGAGUUAAACAAUUGUCUCUUCAGUGAAGUGUCUUUCGAGACAUUCAUGAAAACCGUUGACAUAAAGGCAAAGAUAUUCAAGAAUUUGGAUCAAAUGACCCGAAAAUUGGACUAUAAUUUAGACCAUUUUGUGAUCAUUUCGUCCCUUUCGUCGGGAUUCGGAGCUGAGGGACAACUGAACUAUACUUACGGUAACUCUAUUUGUGAGCGUAUUUGCGAACAGAGACAGAGGGACGGCCUGUCGGGUCUGGCCAUACAGUUUGGUCCGAUCGGUGACGUCGGGUCUAUGGCUGAAUCGACUCAAAUAUUGGCGUUAAUAACAACACAGAAACAACGGAUCCAUUCGUGUUGUGAAGUAUUGGACAAACUAUUGGCCGUUAAAUACCCGGUCGUAACCGUAAAUGUGAAAACAGUGGAAAACUCACUGUUAAAGUUGGACUCUGAAGUCAAAGAGGGCUCGAAAUCAUUCAUCAAUAAGUUGUGGGGAUCUCUGGGUAUCGACCCGUCGGCCACUCCGGCGGACACGACUUUGGGAGAGAUCGGAAUUGAGUCCAUAUUUGCCUCAGAAUUACAGCAAGAAUUGGCAAAACUCUGUAAUCAAACCAUUAAACUAAAGAUCAUUAAUAACAUGUCUGUCGGACUCCUCCGGGAGUUUGAGUCCGGAGGCGAUGACACCAUCAAAGCCUAUUUCAAUGGCAUAAUUAGGGCUCAAAUAUCGCUCUCAAAGUAUAAGUUUGUGAUUCCUGUGGAAACACACGUCAGACUCAAUGGUGUCUCAAACGGAAAGCCAUUGUAUUUAAUGCCGACUCUGGAGAUG